GCAACAGGAUGCUAGGGCUUUUGUUUACCGUAACAACCACAGAGUAACCGGAGAGUGAGGCUGAUUAGCUUGCUAGCGUCAGUUCAAUAAACAAGCGAAAUAAACACAAUUCGCUUGAGAUGGACUCUGAAUCUUUGCAUUACUCGCUGGAUUUAGCCGCUGGUAAUGGUUUGACUCUGAGCAGUGAGCAGAGAGCCGCUCUUCAAACCUCGCUGGUCAUUCUGAAGAGAAACUACAAAUUCAGCCGGGUUUUAUUUUGGGGAAAGAUUUUGGGGAUAAAAUGCGACUAUUUUAUUGCUCAAGGAGUUGAAGAUGAUGAAAUGAAGAACAAAAAGUCUUUGUACAGUUUAAACUGCAUGGAUUGGCACCUGUUACCCCCAGCCACUGAGUCCAUGAUUGCAGAUGUGGCAUUAGCAGCACAGGGGCGAUUCACAGGCGACCCGUCCCAUGAGUACGAGCACACAGAGACGCGCAUUAAGGGAGAGGGGGACGACGCCACGGAGGAAGAGGUCACGGUGAAAGUGAAUGAGGCGAGUAGACUGGCAACAGCCGUGUCAAACAUCGAUAAAGAUGCAUCUGUAGUGCCACGUGGUGCAUUUACCAAGAGCCCCAGCGGCAAAGUGCAGACAAACCGAAGCUUUGGAGGUCUAGAUCCCAUUGAGGCUGCGAAACUGCGCAACUAUCUGCACUUCCGUGAGCCGGUUAACCUGAAAAAGAAGUCCAUCCUGGAAAUGUCUCACCUAAACCCUGCUAUUGACUUCCUAGAUCCUUUGAGCGAGGACAAUCCCAAAGGUGGAAAAACCCCCAGUCCUCUCUCAAGAAGAGCCAGAGGUGAACAGGUUCAUCUGGACGCCUCAAACAGUGGGUAGAGGAUACUGGGAAUGGGCGGUGAUAUUUUGGCUUCACUCAGGUUUCCUUGAAUGUGGCCUGGAGAAGGAAAAAGUGGGGAGAUUUCCCAAGAACUUGGAAAGGCAGAAAAUAUUGUAUAACCGCAUGACGUUUAAGCCAAAUAUCACUGUAAGAAAGGGAGGGUAAUGGUUUCGUUCAGUGCUGAUGGAAGUUGUCUGAUUUGCCGGUCUUAUUUAAUAUUGCAUCUUUUGGACGAGAAAAUCGAAUUACUACAUAUUAUCCCCAAAAGCUUUAUAUAUAUAGUGACGGAUAUGUGUUUUGAUGAGCGCUCUAUAGAACUGCUGCCUAUAAAUAUUUGAAGUCAUAAUAAAGGAGAGUCACAAUGGACAUUA